AUGGAAGAACCAGGAAUUGAUAGAGCCGUUGACAUCUUUGACCCAACAAAAAGUUCCGUGUCGAAAAAGAUAGCCCAACUACCACCGAGUUACAGUCAAGUACCACCAAUGUACCUACGCCCCAGUGACUUUUACGCACCGGAAUCUAAAGGAGAGCUGACGAUAGAUCCUCAAGUGAUGCUAAAUAGUAGUGAACCCUAUCCUGAACAAGAUUGGCUGGAGAAUACUCUGCAACUUCUCUCUAAAGAAAAAUUGGAGAAAGAUGAUUUCGUAUCAUGGGCGGCAUAUCGCGCUUCAAAAUCCAUGUUGUCGAGUCACGAGCCAGCCAUCAUUUCACUAUUACCGAUGUUUAUAGAGAACGCCCACUCCGUCGCUAUGAUAGCACAUUCCUUGAAAGUGAUCAAAGCAGCUGUAAAUCAGGUCAAUCCUACACAAAUCCCAGUUGUUGCAGUAGAUCAGCCACUGUUUGCUCUCGCCAAACAAAUUCAGUGGACGUUCAAUGAAAUAUUCGAUGAAGAUCAAUUUGUCAUCAUCACUUCACAUAGAAAUGCCGGCCUUCAAGAUGCUCGGAAAGUGGCUCAGCGGUAG